AUGUGCACAAUUGUCUCGUAUGAAGGAAGAUGUGGUCUGCCACCUAAUUUUGAUUCUACCUAUUGUUAUGCAUUGGGUUAUGGUGCAGGAGCUCUCCUUCACAGUGGGAAAACUGGAUUGAUAUCAUCGGUGGGGAAUUUGGCUGCUCCAGUUGAAGAAUGGACCGUUAGUGGGACAACUUUAACUGCACUAAUGGACGUGGAGAGAAGACAUGGAAAGUUUAAGCCUAUGAUCAAGAAGGCCAUGGUGGAGCUUCAAGGUAAUAUCUUAGAAGCAGACUAUUUACUUUGGUAUAUGGAUUAG